AAUGAUCUUAACUCAUAGUAUAAUUAAUCCUUAAAGGUGACUUUCACCAACCUCAAUUCGGUCAAGUGACAGUUAACGGUGUUAGCCAAUCAUAUUGAUCAGUUCAGCUAAUUGGUUACUACGAUUGGUCAAUUCCGUUGAGUUAAUCGUCGGUUAACCGAACCGAGGUUGAUGAAAGUUACUCGAAAUUUUGUAAAGUUGGCGAUCUUUAUUACUAUCAUAUUGGUGCCUCUGAUCAUCGCCUAAUAACAUAAACCGGGAAUUAUUGAAGUUAACGCUAACCUCAAAAUAUUGUUUCCAAAAAUCACCUAUUAUACAAGACGAGAGGUUAACCGAAUUAAAAAUGGAUAUUCGCCCAAACAAUACCAUUUAUAUCAACAAUUUGAAUGAGAAGAUAAAGAAGGAUGAAUUAAAAAAGUCAUUGUACGCUAUCUUCUCUCAAUUUGGUCAAAUUCUGGAUAUUGUGGCUUUAAAAACAUUGAAGAUGCGUGGGCAAGCUUUUGUUAUUUUUAAGGAAAUAGGGAGUGCAACAAAUGCGUUGAGAUCUAUGCAAGGAUUUCCAUUUUACGACAAACCAAUGAGGAUACAGUAUGCCAAAACUGACAGUGACUUAAUAGCCAAAAUGAAAGGUACUUUCGCAGAACGUCCGAAGAAGCCAAAACGAGUCGUACCAGCAGCGGAUGAGGAAGCUAAACGUGCUAAGAAACGUGCGAAAGAACAGGCAAAACAUUCGCAACAAAUUGGUUAUCACGCUGGUGUACCUCAACAUCCAGGACUUGUUAAUACAGCUGUGCCCGAGCAACCACCAAAUCAGAUAUUAUUCUUAACAAAUCUACCGGACGAGACAAGUGAAAUGAUGUUAUCGAUGUUGUUUAAUCAAUUCCCAGGCUUCAAAGAGGUACGUUUGGUACCUAAUCGACAUGAUAUUGCGUUUGUCGAAUUUGAAAAUGAAGUUCAGUCCGGAGCAGCAAAGGAUGCUUUGCAAGGUUUUAAAAUCACACCAUCGCACGCGAUGAAAAUAUCAUUUGCAAAAAAAUAAGUUGUGGAACUAUUUUCUACUAUUAAUAUUUAAGUAAUAUAUAAAUUCGAUCGAAUAGAUAUUUCUAUAAAAAUUAACACAUUGCAAGCAACUUUGAUCAUCUGUAAUUUACAGAAAAAUGUAUUUUAUUUACCACUAUGUCAUUUUGUGGCAUUCAACAAAUACAAAUUUACUCUAAGGUAACUUAUACUGUAUCAUUCCGUGUCCUGCCAAAU